GUAAAACAAAAACCCUUAUGUUUUUUGAUGGAUGUGCAGCAAAUUUAGGAUGCACCAUAUUAUUAAGAGGUGGUUCAGUUGCAGAAUUGAAGAAAGUUAAACAAAUCACCAAUUUUAUGGUUUAUUUUGCUUACAAUUGGCAAUUGGAACGUUCUUUUCUAAUGGAUGAAUUUGCAAUGCCUCCGCCUCUUCCUGAUGAACUUCCUCUUAUCAUUGAAUCUUCAGAAAAUGAAAAUAAAGGUGAUAAAUGUGAUAAUAUAGAAAUGAAGAAAAUAAAAUAUAAUAAUGCAACUAAUGUAAAAAAUGGAAGUACUACAAAUGUUAACAAUUCAAAAUUUAUGUCUAGACCAACUACAUUAAAUCUAAAAAAUAUAAAGCAUCCAGAAACUGAUAUUAAGUUAAAAGAGAAUUUAGAAGAUAUUCAGAAAAAGAAAGAGUCAAAGUAUAUUGAAGACUUUAGUGAUCCCUUGAGAUCAUAUUUGCAGUCUGAAGAUGAUUCUAUAUUUCAUCAUCAUGGCAGUAGUCUUCAUGUAGCGUCUCUACCGUUUUCAAAUCAGUUUCGUAAAGCUUUAGAUGAUGUUGUAUUAUGCAUUUCCCCAAAUAUAAAGAUUACUGUACCUUAUUUAGAAACAGAGAAUGGGAGAAAUUGUGAGCUUCGUCGAUUCUUUCCGGAAGAAAUAUAUUGGUCUGAACAAUUUCUAAAGGAAUUAGAAGGAAGUGGAAAAAAAAAUCAGUAUAUUGAUAUUGAAGAGGUGUCAUUACAGUCAUUUAUUACAAAUGUUAAUCAAGACAAUAUUGAAGUUUUGCCUACUCAUUCAUUUUUAUUUACAAAACUGACUACAACUUUUCAAGAUUCUAUUCAGACACAAACAUUAUUAGCAGAUUUUAGGGCACGUGGAGGUAGAAUUAGACAAUUAUGUCCCCAUGAAAUCACAAUGAGAGAAAAAGAAAAAAAGUCACAGAAUAGAGGAGAUACUUUUAUUACUGGAAUAAAUAAUGCACAAAAGUCAGAACUCGCAAAUGCUGGCCUAUUUUGGGAAAAAAAAGUAGAUGCAUUAAGUGCAUACAAUCAUCAGAGAUUAGCAAUUUUGUUUUGUAGUUAUUCUAACAGUUCCAAUAAUGCACCAAACUUUUGUGUUAGUCCUUGGUAAGUUUUAUCUGAAUUUAUGAAGAAAAAUAUAUUUUAUUAUA